AUGGACGAGAUUGCUAAGGAGUACGAUGUUAUUGUCCUCGGCACUGGCCUGACCGAGUGCAUUCUGUCCGGUGUCCUCAGUGUGAAGGGCAAGAAGGUCCUCCAUAUUGACCGCAACGACCACUACGGCGGUGAGGCUUCUUCUGUCAACCUUGAGACGCUCUUCAAGAAGCACGGCAACUACCAGAAGGGCGAGGAGCCAUGGACCAAAUACGGCCGCCUCAAUGAUUGGAACAUCGACCUUGUCCCCAAGUUCCUCAUGUCCUCUGGCGAGCUGACCAACAUUCUCAUCUCCACCGAUGUCACGAGGUACCUCGAGUUCAAGCAGGUCGCUGGCAGCUACGUCCAGCAGGGCCAGGGCUCCAAGGCUACCGUUGCCAAGGUCCCUUCCGAUGCCGCUGAGGCGUUGCGCUCCCCCCUGAUGGGCAUCUUUGAGAAGCGUCGCAUGAAGAGCUUCAUCGAGUGGGUUGGCACCUUCGACCUGAAGAACCCCAGCUCCCACAAGGGCCUGGACCUUAACACCGCCACCAUGAAAGAGGUAUAUGACAAGUUCAGCCUCGAGACCGGCACCCGCGACUUCAUCGGUCACGCCAUGGCUCUCUACACCGAUGACGACUACCUCACCACACCCGGUGCCGCUCCGGAGGCCAUUGAGCGCAUCCGCCUCUACGGCAACUCGGUCGCUCGCUACGGCAAGUCUCCGUACAUCUACCCUCUGUACGGCCUGGGAGAGCUUCCUCAGGGCUUCGCCCGCCUCUCCGCCAUCUAUGGUGGCACUUACAUGCUCAACACCCAGAUUGACGAGAUCCUUUACGAAGAUGGCAAGGCUUCCGGCAUCAAGGCCACCAUGACUGGCGCGGACGAGAUGAAGUUCGAGACCAAGGCCAAGACUAUCCUCGGAGACCCCAGCUACUUCCCUAACAAGGUCAAGGUCGUUGGCCAGGUUCUCCGCGCCAUCUGUAUCCUCAAGCACCCCCUGUCUGGCACCAACGAUGCCGACUCGGCUCAGCUCAUCAUCCCCCAGAGCCAGGUUGGCCGCAAGAAUGAUAUCUACAUUGCCACCGUGUCCUCUGCUCACAACGUCUGCCCUAAGGGCUACUGGAUCGCAAUCGUCUCCACCAUUGCCGAGACGACAGCGAACCAUCACCUCGAGCUCCAGCCCGGUCUCGAGCGCCUUGGCAAGAUUGAGGAGCAGUUCAUGGGCGCUCCUAUCCCCAUCUACGAGCCCACCGAUGAUGGCUCCAAGGAUAACGUAUUCGUUUCCAAGAGCUACGAUGCCAGCAGCCACUUCGAGACCACCACGGACGACGUCAAAAACAUCUACCGCCGCGCCGCCGGCGAGGCGCUCGUCGUCGAGGGCCUCAGGGAGGGUAUCAAUGUCGCUGACGAGUAA